AUGUCAUGGAUAGAUCCUAAUUUAAAUUUGAAUGGUAUUUGGACCACAAUAUUAGAAAAUCUUGAACAUAUUUAUCGAGCUCAAGGAAUGUCGCCUACAUCUUAUAUGGAACUUUAUACUGUGGUUUAUGAGUAUUGUACUAAUUCUCAACCACAAAGUGGUGGAUCACAAAUAACUAGAAGAAGCACUCAAAAUAAUCGACAAAAUAAUCCACAUGACAAAAAGAAUGUUGUUGGUGAAGAACUAUAUAACAAAUUGAAAAAUUAUUUAAAAAAUUAUUUGAAAGAAAUUGUUGAAAUGGCAAUGGAAAUUUGGAAACUUGUGUUCUUUCAACCAUUGCAAAGUCAAGUAACAUCAGCAUGUCUUCAAUUAAUCAACGCCGAACGUCAAAAUGAAAUUAUUAAUACUCGAUUUAUUCGUGCAGUCGUACAAAGUUAUAGUAAUGAUCAAUAUUCUUUUUUUUUCUUAAAAUUUAUAUGGAAAAUUUUAGUCGAACUUGACUUUAAUGAAGAUUCAUUUUUACCACGUUUUAUUCAUCAAAUGACAUCUCCAACUUUGGAAAUUUAUAAAGAUUACUUUGAAGUACCAUUUCUUCAAUAUACAGAACAAUUUUAUCGUCAGGAAGCAGCUAAUUUU